AUGACGACAUGUAUUGUUUGGAAUGAAGCUGAAUGGACAUGCUUCCACUUCUACGCGUCGUCAAUUCUUCUUGCUUACGAAGGAUGCGCGCAACGGCCGCCAAAUGCUGUUGUAAAGCUAAUUGACUUCUCGCAUAUCUUCCCAGCUCAUGGCACAACCGAUGGCAACUACCUGUUUGGCCUUGACAAUGUGAUUCGUUUCAUUGCGAGCCAUCGCAGCUUCUUAUGUACCUGUUAA